AUGGGUUUAGUGUUUUGCCAGCACAUUCAAAAUAACUGUUUAAGUACAUGCAUCACUAAACAUGAUUCACUAAAACUAGAAGCUCUAAUGUAUCAGCAUUUAAAAGUUUUGCAUCCUCAAACUGGAAACUUGCAGCUUCAAGUUCCUAAUCAACUUAUUAUCUACCUUUCUUCAACACAAGAUUUGCUUUUCAGUUUCAUUCAAGAAGAAAAUCUGAUUAGACGAUUGGAUGUAAAUGUAACUAUAGUUUUCGUUGUGGGCGAUGGAAUUGAAAAAAGUAAACGUAAAACUGUUGUUACACUUAUUGACUGUUUAUGUAAUUUUUUGGAGACCGAUCCAAUGAUGUUUAAGUAA